GCUUUGACAACUAUCGCUCAAGCAAUGAAUCCCAACUCAGACCCAAUCACCACCAUUGUUGACACUGUCAAUCUUCCUCCCAAGUGUGCUCUUCCUCGAGCUAGGGGUCUUCAGCGACUCAUCCUGGCUGAUAAUGGUCUUGGUAAUAAUGGAGGAUUCGGUGGAGCUGGCAAACAUCUAGCAGCGGUUCUUCAAUGCUCUACUGAACGUCUGGCACCACUUCUUGGUGGUUUGACGUUUCUUGACUUGAGUGAUAAUCCGGGACUUGGGGACGGUGGUGUGAUUGAACUCUGUUUUGGUCUGAUUCGCAAUUUCACAAUGAAGGAGCUGCAUUUGAGGAAUGUUAAGAUGAAGUUUGACGGUAAGCAGUUGAUUUCCUUUGUCUAUAGUAUUGGCACUCCUCAUUGA